AUGCCAACUGUAUCCUCCGCACCUUUGCAUAUCCCGACACUUUCGCACUCCAAGAGGACAUGGUCGUCGCGGACCUUGUCGGUGACCUUGUCGACUGAGCUUGAUGGUAUGGAGAAGAAGUCCAAAGAAACUAGGAAGACAAUGUUUGAUGAGAGAUGGGUGGCAGUUGAAGUUUCUGUCGAGGUUGAUGCUGGUGCUGACCUCGUUGUGACACCAGGCACGGCAGUUGACGAGGGCAAAUCCGGCAAAUCCGACAAGGUAGCAUCACUCAUCUCUGGCUAA